UGGUUGCAUUGAGCGUACGAGUCUGUAAAGCGAUGAGAAUCCGCUAGCGGUCAGCAUCCACGUUGCGUUGGUCAUCAAAUUAAAAACAAAACUUAAAAGUAAAGUAAGUAAACUGCAGUGUUGCUACAACAUCUGCGCGAAGCGCACGUCUCGCGCUCCAAAAUUUACGCGAUCUAAAUUGUAAAUAAAUAAAAACUUAUUGACUUGAAUUAUUGGUGUAAGUGGAUAAUAUGGCUACGGAAACAAAGUUGGACAUAAUUUCGGAGUCUCCGAAGCGAUCGCCGAAGUUAGUGAGCCCGUUGGACCAUGAGGCCGUGGAAAUGGUUUUUGGGAAGCCGACAUCACCGAAAGUAGAGCCGGAAGUGCAUGUUAAGAGCGAAAAAGAUAAGCACCCGCACGUGACCCACAAGGAUAAGGACUCGGAACCUUCGCAGCCCCUGCUGGAGCCACAUCGAGAAAAGCAGCAACCGCCGCUAGCCGGUCCCGAGGUGGAUGACCUGGACGAGACCCCAGCGGCCCCCGCACCGUACCCCGGCAUCGAUGACGGGCUCCUGGAACCCAGCGACAAGAAACCGGAGCUUGAUGCAGACAGCGAGAACUCUCAUAAGGAGCCGCCGGACUCGGAGCACGACGAGGGUAAAUGGCUGUGGACGUCCGGGGACGACGUACCCGACUAUCCUGAUGGCGUUCACGGUUUCAGCAAUGGUCUGGACACGCGGUUUGGUGUUGACCGUCCUGGGUCUCCAUUUCCACCAGGGUCCAUCCCCGAUGUGAACACCUAUCAGCAGAAGAAGAACUUGGCCCAAGGCAUGAUGGACUUGGCUCUGCUGUCAGCCAACGCGAACCAGCUGCGAUACGUUCUCGAAUCUUCCACCGCGCAUCCAUACUUCUACCCGAGCCUGGCGUUUAUAUCCAUCAGCAUCCUACUGCAGGUAGCAGUAGGCGUAGGGCUGAUAAUGAACAGCCGUUACGACGUGAACGACAAGAAGGAGAUCUGCAAGGCGGACAAGAUCAACAACAUGACGGUGCUGGGCGUGUUCCUCGUCACCAUAGUCAACGUGUUCAUCACCUCGUUCAGUGUGGCUACGCCGCAGGUUACGGCUGUAAAUGGCGUUUAAAGGUUUGGAGGAGUUUAGGUUGAUGAGCACAGGCAAUUCCACAGACCAUCUCGACUACCAGACGGAGCAUGUAAGACAAUCGAGGUCACCACACAUUAAGCGCUCCAGCUAAGGGAGCGCGACAGCUUAUUCCAGCUGUGCCUACCUACGAGUACGAUAACUACUCGUAUAUAAUUAAAAUAUUUCCAAAAACCUAAGCUUUAGGGGUGUAUCUCGGUGCGUAGACAAGAUGCCAAUCGUUCACACUCCGUAAUAGCGUAGCGUAGUUAUAUCUCUACCUUCCAUAUUAAUGCAACAGAGAAGUUGCAUUUCGUUCGCAACGGAGCCUUACCGAUUGGCAUCGUGUCUACGCACCCUGGGCUGUUAUAGAAUGGUGUAGAAUACAACUCAGUCGCGCUGUUAAAAAUCAUAGCAUUUUACAAGUAAAAUUUGCCACUAUGUGUGGUGACCUCGUGCUCUUUGUAAACGCUUCAUAAUGCGGUGGCUGUGUAAGUAGUCUGUGGGCAACUCGAACGCUCUGUAAACCCCGUAGGCAUAAAUGCGUUCUUCGAUUCCGCAUAGUUACGGUUACGAGUAACGACUUUCAGGGUCAUGAGAUAGUUAAGUACCUACUUACGUUGUUUUCUGCAGUUCGAGUUCCCUGCUAUCGGAAAUACACGGUCCGAUGUCACAACUUAACAAUGGCCCUUUACACAUACAACAAUUUCAUUGCAAUAUACAGGUGUCCAGCGGUAGAUUUCCAAAUUUAAAUUCAAAGAAUUUUCGAACGCGAAGUGCGAUAGACGCGGGGAGGUGUUUUAGUUUCUUGAGUGUUGCGGAUUGAUUAGUAAAGUAACAAUUGAUCGCUGGCCAGCAGACCAUCGUGCUAUGCUACUGAGGCAUAUUGUACCAAAGUUUUUGUUUCACUUAGUACCCCACUGUGAGGUACUUAAGUUAUGUAUAAUUUAGGAAUAUGCGGAAAAGUUUGGAGGAGCGCGUACAUUGCGAAGGGCGACAUAUAUUUUUCAGACGAAGGGUAAUUUUCAGUAAAUGUAAUCCACAUUCAUCUUCUUUUCAUAAAAAUAAAUACAUAGUUCUAGUUUGUCUGUUUUAGUUUUUUUUAUGCAACAAAUUUUGUCAUCGGAAAUCUGCUGUUGGCCACCCUUUCAUUGCAUACCUGUACCUACAUAUUGUUGGUUCAAUCUAUCUGUAGCCAAUGAUAUUAUAUAAUCUGUAACCAGAUUCGUAUAUUUGGAACCCCUGUGUACCAAUGUACAGUUAGCACAACUGUGACAAUUCGGUAAACCAAUUAGACCAUACAAAUAUGUACAUAUAUGGAGGUGCUAAACUAAUAGUUUUACCUGAUUGAACGAAAAACCUCAAAAUUGCAAAUAAGAUAGUAGCUAACUAAUUAUAAUUAAAACAAUGAUUAUAUGUAUGCAAUUCUAAUAUCAAAACGUAUUCUUAUGACCCAGAUCUAAGUUAGUGUAAGUACCUUGUACUUAAAGUACAUGUAUGCAAUUUAACUUAUGAUAAAUUCACUUAAAGUGCCUGACAAAAAUAGUUGUAGGUAUAUAAAGUAGGUACUAUCAAAUACUGUGAAACUGGUCAGAAUAUUAUUUUUAGCUAAUUAUUUUACCGUCAUACUAACCUUAUUAAAUAAGGAACAAGCGUAGAUCUUUAUGCUGCUGUGUGGCGCAUAGUGAUUUCCUGUUUUGUAUACCCGAUCGGGACAAUUUUGUAAAAGAUAGGGUAAGUAGCUACUUGCCUAAACAUUGGCAAGGCAGACAUGCGCUACAUUAUGUAUGUAGCGCGUAUCACCUACACUACGCGAUCUCCCGAGCCAGAUUGAUGAGACCCCCGUCUUUCCCUGUCCCUGUACUCUCUUUACACUGCUUUAAGUUAGGGUAAGGAUCUCUUGAAAUUGGAUAAUUUAAUAUGCAUUUAACCGUUCAUUGAAUCUAAUGAAUCUCAGUUACGAUAUUUAAAACCUGAGUUGUUUUAAAUAAUUUCAAAUAAGCUCAUAUAUCUUGCAUUUAUACUUUUUUAAGGCAACAUAGUAUAUAUUUAAAUAAUGAUUAAAUUUUCUUCUUUUUGAUAUAAAGACAUGAAAAACUAAGAAAAACUACUCAAGCUUUGAUCUGAUUAUUCAUAUUUAGUAUUGUUACUUAAUUAUAGGUUAAACUUUAAAUUGUAUGUAUAACGAGUAAGUUCUAUGUAAAUAUUAAUUAUAUUUAAAAUAUGAAGUUGUGUAAUUUAUUCAGUCUUCGGUACAUGGCCCGAUUUUUAUCUAUUUGUCGUAUUAAGUUUGGUGCUUAAAUUAAAUAGUAGAGCUCCCCAUAGUAAGCGCAAUUUCACUUUAUCUUAACUUAUGAUUUUCGAGGGCCCUGGCGGAUUCGAGUCCCUGAACCAUCCUCCUCCAGGGAUCUUUUGUGCACUUGCCCCCUUAGGGAAGACCCGUCAGCUACUCAAGAGCCUUUUGAACAUCUCCAAUUUCACCUAGUCCGAAACAUCUUUCACUGAGUGGUGUUUUCGUAAUUCAACGGAAUAUUGUAUACAUUAUUGUUUGUCCCAAAUUGGGAUUUCGUAUUUAUUCCAUCCACAAUGGGGAGCUUUUCAAACCAGCAGCAUUUUAUUAAAUCUAACUGAAAUAAUUCUACAACACAAUAAAAAUCGGGCCACAUAGUCGGACCAAGCUAACUCUGCAUAGCAUAGCAAGUAUGGAAUCUCAUCAUAAACGUUGGUUUACACUUUGAUCUGUCAACGUCGGUUGCAUAGUUAGCUUGGACGGACUCUACCAACAUUAAUUUUGUCAACCAAUAUGGUAUAAACCAAGCAUAUUUUCGUGUAGAGAACUAAUCAUUGUAAUUUAUAUGACUUGAAAGUGCAAUAAAAAAUGUUUAUAUUUAUA